AUGGAGAAAAAGGCGAAGAAGGCCCGUAGUGCACCACCGCAGUCGCGCCAGAUGGAUUGGAUUGAUCAGUUGCCGGAAGAAAUUCUGGGAAACAUAUUGUCACGCAUGGCGAUGAAAGAGGCAACAAGGACAAGUAUCCUUUCUCGUAGGUGGAGGAACCUCUGGAAAGUUUAUGGUAGCCAUUUGGAUUUUGAUGCAUCGGAAACAAUGCGGCUUAUGUUCGAUGGGGUUAAAGAACGCCACAUCGAAGCACCAAAAUAUCGAGAUUGGGUUAAUCAAGUCUUAGAUUCCCAUGAAGGUUCAUCAUUAGAACGACUGAGAAUUGCUUUUGACUUGGGCGGGUCAUAUAUUUAUGCAACUGCUGUUGAUAAAUGGAUCGACUUUGCCAUCGUGAAAAGAGUCCAAAGGCUUGAAGUGGAUCUGACUGCAGCUGCCGGAUGUUAUACGUGUUCUGAUAGUGUCUAUACUUUCCCGUCCUGGUUGCUGGAUUUACCUUCUGAUUUUCCGAGUUUUGACAGACUAACAGUCCUGUGCUUGAAGUCUGUUUCGAUAACUGAAGAAGAUCUGGCAUACUUCUUAUCAACAUGUCCUUUCCUCGAGCAACUAACGGUGGAAAAUUCUUCCUCUCUGCAAAACUUCAGAGUUUCGGGUCAGUCACUCAAGUUGAAGCACUUGGAGAUUGGAUAUUGCCAGAAGUUGCAGAAUGUUGAGGUUUCAGCUGCAAGUCUUGUAUCUUUCAAAUACGCCGGGCCAAGGAUAAACAUAUGCCUAAUAGAAGUUCCAGAACUCGCUUUAGUUUCCUUUAGUAAUCAAUACUGUGAGAAGUUCAUCAUCAAUUCUCCAAGUUCUUUGUAUCUCUCUCGGCUGGAGAAACUGGAAUUGGAUCUGAGGUUCACGGGUUCAGCAAGAUGCGUAGGUUUUCCAUCUAAUUUUCCGAAAUUCAGCAACCUUAAGCACUUGGAAUUGAAAUUUGUAGCAGUUGCCGAUGAAAGUGCUCUCUUCUUCAGCUCCAUCAUAGGUGCAUCUCCUGGACUAAUUACGCUGACAUUGAAGUAUGACAUUGAUUGGGCAACAAGACACCAAACCUUAUCAAAUCCAGAAGUAUUUAGAAACCAAGGAAUGUUAGACGUGUGUGAGAAGGAGUGGGAAGAGCAAGCAAGGAGAUACAGUCACAAGUGUCUCAACGUGAUCGAAUUUGUUGGUUGGGCUGGGAUCAAGACCGAUGUUCAGCUUGCCAAUUAUUUGCUCGAGACUGCCAUUUCACUAGAGAAGAUCAUAGUUGAUUGCCGAAUUCCUCGUUAUACUCGAACAUCAUGGAAUGAAGAGCUCUGUCCAAUGCCAGGGAACAGGGAAGCUGCUUUACUAAGUGCGAAGGAGCUUAAGAGGAAACUACCUCCCAGAGCCCAGUUGAUUAUAGUUUAG